ACAAGAGACGAUCUGUUCAAUAUCAAUGCCGGCAUGGUUAGGACACUGCCACUGCAUUUCCUAGAGCUGCCCUAACGCGCUCAUUAACUUGAUCAGCCACCCAGUGAACUCCACUGUCCCCAUUGCAGCUGAGGUAUUCAAGAAUGCUAGCAUCUAUGACCCCAGAAAGCUCUUGGGAGUCACCAUGCUUGAUGUUGUUCGUGCCAACACGUUCGUGGCUGAAUUUUGGGACUUGAUCCUAGAGAGGUUAGUGUUCCUGUUGUUGGUGGGCAUGCUGGAGCACAAUUCUGCCCCUUCUCUCACAGGUGAAGCUUCCUUGCCCAUUGACACCGGAGGAGACAAAUUUCUUAACCAAGCGAAUUCAAGAUGGUGGGACCGAAGUGGUUCAGGCAAAAGCUGGUCCAGGCUCAGCAACUCUAUCAAUGUGAAAUUCGCAGACGCAUGCCUUCACGGUCUAAGAGAGGAUGCCGGCAUUUUUGAGUGUGCUUUUGUGGCUUCACAGGUAACGAACCUCCUGUUCUUCGCAAUCAAGGAGGCUUGGGCGCGGAGGAGCUGAGAAGGUUUACCAUCUAGGGCAAUUGGAUGAGUACGAGAAGUAUGGAAUGUUUGUGACAUGAAAAGUUGCUUGGUGAAAACCUCAAUUCACUGGUAGGUGGAUGGAUAUGGACAAGAUUGGAUUGGGGAAAGCAAAAGAACUUGCAUUAAGCAUUCAAAAGGGAGUUUCCUUCAAGAAAUGAAAAUGGAGAUGGCAUCAAGAAUCCCUUUUUAAGAUGUAUUUUGUGUCAUACAAUAGAAGUGAAUGAGACAACUAUGCAUGCUUAUAGAAUUCAUGAAGGAUAAAAAACUGCUAAUUCGUACAAAGAUAUCGAGCCCUGCCCUACCAGCAACGGUCGGGAUCAUUCAAUACAAUAGUAUGAACACGAACACGCAACAAAGGCAAACCCAUGAAAAAGAGACACUAUAUUGCCUAAACUACUUAUAAAAAGGAACAAACAAGAAUCUUUACAAUAUUUACAAUUUCC